AUGGAGCCUUCUCUCCCCACCCAGUGGGUGCGGAAUUCCGCCAGGAUCAGGAGGCUGCUGCAGACAAGCCAGAGCUCUCUGCUCCUCAAUUCCAGCCUCGACACCAAGACCAGAGAUGUGGCCUCUGAGUCUGUGGGCCUCUUCUUCAUGCUCUUGAUUGACUUGACAGCCAUUGUAGGCAAUGUAGCCAUUAUGACAGUCAUCAUCAAGACGCCUGCACUGAGGAAGUUCGUCUUUGUGUUCCACCUCUGCCUGGUGGAUCUCCUGGCUGCUGUCACCCUGAUGCCUCUGGCUAUGCUGUCCAGCUCCGCCUUCUUUGACGGCACGGCCUUUGGGGAUGCCAUAUGCCACAUCUACCUGUUUUUGAGCAUCUGCUUCAUCACCAUGUGCAUCCUCUCCAUCUCGGCCAUUAACGUUGAGCGCUACUACUACGUGGUGCACCCCAUGCGCUACGAGGUGAAAAUGACUGUGGGCCUGGUUGUCUGUGUCCUGGUUGGCGUCUGGAUCAAAGCUGUGGUCAUGUCCAUCAUCCCUAUCCUGGGCUGGCUCUCCCAAGACCGUGCCAGUAGUUCAGCAGCCUAUGGUAGACAGAGCUGCACCUUGCAGUGGAGUCGGAGUGCCUACUGCAAAUUCUUUGUGGUUUUCUUUGCUCUUUUCUACUUCCUCUUGCCUGUCCUCAUCAUUUUGGUUGUCUACUGCAGCAUGUUCAAAGUGGCCAGAGUGGCUGCCAUGCACCAUGGCCCACUCCCCACUUGGAUGGAGACCCCACGGCAGCGGUCAGAAUCCCUUAGCAGUAGAUCCACCAUGGUGACUAGUUCAGGAGCCCCUCGGACUACCCCUCAGAGGACGUUUGGGGGUGGGAAAGCUGUCAUCAUCCUCCUGGCUGUGGGGGGCCAAUUCCUCUUCUGUUGGCUGCCAUAUUUCUCCUUUCAUCUCUACUCUGUGCUGAGCUCCCAUUUCCCCGGCCGGCAGACAGAGAAUGUGGUUACUUGGAUUGGCUACUUUUCCUUCACCUCCAAUCCUUUCUUUUACGGGUGCCUCAAUCGACAGAUCCGAGGAGAGCUGAGCAAGCACCUCACCUGUUUCUUCAAGCAGCCACCGGAGGAAGACCUCAGGUUACCCAGCAGAGAAGGCUCCAUUGAGGAGAACUUCUUGCAGUUCCUACAAGGGACGGGUUGCAAUGCUGAGGCCAGAAACACUCUUACCCACCCUAGCCCUAAAAGGGACCAGCCGACCAUUGAUUUCCGAAUCCCAGGUCAAAUUGCAGAAGAGACCUCGGAGUUCCUUGACCAGCACAUGAACAGUGACAUCACUGUAUCCGACAGCUACAUCAGGGCUGCACGUUCACCCAAACCUGAGUUGUAGCUCUUUUU